AUGUCAGUAAAUGAAAAGCAAUUUUUUGGACCGCUGACCUUACACCAGAAGAGCGAAGCUCCGACAAUUUUUAAGACAGAUGAACCAGUGCAGUGUACAUGUGUCUUAUGCGAAGAAAAGUUUAUUUUACCAGCUUCUGAGAAGCAAAUGCUCACACAUUUGUUCAUGGAUCAUCGUUUAGUAAUAGCCGAUGUAAACCAAAUAGCAGAUUUAAAUGCUUAUCUUCGUUACUGGAGAAUGCGAUUAAAAGAUCAUGAUCUCCCAUACUUUUGUACUACAAUGCUGUUGGAUAACAAGCCUGAUGGUACAAAGUCAAAAAAUGAAGAAUAUUACCUACUAAGUGAUGUUUUGCCAGAAGACAAAGAACUUCGUUCAAAUUUACAGCAAACAAAAUUAGAAAAAUUGCUUGAAAGGCAUGCAUUUGAGCGAGAGGACAAAAAUUAUGUGCGUGAAUGCUUAUUUUGUCGGUUUUUAUCUAACACUACAAGAGCUAGUUAUUUGAACCACUUAUUUGAAAAGCACAAUUUUCAUGUAGCUAAACCUGACAAUUUAAUCUUUAUUGACAGCUUGGUAGAUCUUGUAGCAACAAAAUUAGAAAACCUUCAGUGCAUAUACUGUGAAGGUGUGUUCACAGACCGCAUAAUACUUAAAGAACAUAUGCGCAAGAAGGGACAUAAAAGAAUUAAUCCUGCCAAUAAAGAAUAUGAUAAAUACUUCUUAGUAAACUAUUUAGGUGAAAAGCCAACAACCAUAAAAGAAAAUACGAAAAAAUACUUUGCAAAAGUCCAUAACACAACACCAAGGAGUAACGAAGAUUGCGAAAAGGAUUCUAAUGCUGACAGUGAUCCAGACUGGUCAGAAUGGACCGAAGAAAAUGGUCCAUUAAUCACAUGUCUCCUUUGUGAACACACAGAAAUGGAAUACGAAAGUAUUUUAGAUCAUAUGGAGCAUACACAUGAAUUUUCAUUUACAAGUGCAACAAUGGGUUUAGAUUUCUAUCAUAAGGUUAAAAUUGUAAACUUCAUUCGACGGCAAAUACACUUGCGACAGUGUUUGUCUUGUGAUACUAAAUUCGAUGAUGCUAAGAAUCUAGAAAAGCAUUUAAAAGAAACUAAGCAUUGGACAUUACAUAAGGAGAGAUGGGAUCAACCAGAAUAUUAUUUUCCUACGUAUGAAGAUGAUUUAUUUUUGUGUUUUAUUCAAGAUGAUGAGGAAAGUUGGUGGUCUGGAGAUGAAAGGGAGGAAGAAAACCAGAAUUGCAUGUCUGAUGAUAUAUCAAGGGAAAUGGCGCUAUCUGUGUUAAGUGACUAG